CCAGCAGUCAGAGCGGCAGUCGGUGAGGCGGUUCUCCUGGCUCCUGUGGCCGCGGGACCUGUCUGUCCGGCCCAGCAUGUCGCUCAUCUCUCCGCGGGGACUUCUACCCAGACACCGGAGACAGCGGGGUCCCCAGCGAUCUGACUGACGGACACGGUUGAGGAGUUGUGGACACGAAGCGGCGGAUCAUGACUGUCUGGGCUCGGUCUCCGCUGCUGCUGCCGCUGCGGCUGCUGCUUCUUCUUCUUCUGCCCUCGAUGCGUGAAGUUCGAGCUCAAGUGGAAAACCGUGUGAUUUUCCUGCCGGGAACGUUCCAGAACGUGAGCGUCUCCCAGAAUGAGACGGUGCAGGCCGUGGUAUCCCGGAUCCCUCCCGAGGUUGCGUUCAUCACUCUGCAGUUUCACACGCAGCACCGGAACGUCACGCUCUCCUACGCCAGGCUUCCGGGCCUGGGUCUCUCUGUGACUGCUGUGGACUCUGGGCUCCUGUCCACUCUCGAGCCAGGCGUGACGUCCCUCUCCCUGUUCCUGUCCACUCUCGACAGUGACACGGUGGCGGGCACUGGGGUCAUCCUCCCCUUCUCCGGUGCAGACCCAGUCCCUGGAGCUUGUAACAUCGAGUUCAACCUGGACAUCGACCCGAAUGUCUACGUGCACUACAACCUCUACGAGACCACGAUCCGCUUUGCGCCAGCAAACCUAGGAUAUGAGAGAGGUGACACUCCUCCACCCUGCGACGAAUCGACAGAACCCGCCACGCGCUGGCGGCUGCAGUACGACAUCUACCAGUACUUCCUGCCUGAGAACGACCUGUUGGAGAGCAGCCUGUUCAGGGGCAUCCAGGCAAUGGCUGACACCCAGGGCAUGAUGGAGAACGGCAAGCGGGUCCUGACGUUGUUAUCUACAGACAUGAGCAUGGCAGUGUUCAACUCCAUCCCCGGCCAGGGCGUCAUCUACUCGGUGGUCGUCAGAGACCCUCAGUUGAACACCUCGGCCUCCUACGUCCCCGUCCACACCUACGCCUGCAGCUUCGCUUCCACCCUGGACGGCUGUGAAACUCUGGGAAAAAUAUCCACCAAAGUGUUUUUCACCAUCACGGGCUUGGCGGGCCUGUUUGUCUGCUUCUUUGGGCAUCGCUUCUUCAAAUGCGAGUUGUUUUGUAUGGGCUUCAGCUUCUCGGCCUUUUUCUUCUUCGUGCUGAUCACCAGGACGACAGACCUGACCUAUGACCUCCGUCUGGCCCUGUCAGCGGUGAUCGGCGUGGUGGGCGGGGUCCUCCUGGUGAUGAGCUGGUGGCGUUUCGGCUCCGUCAUGAUCUGCGUCGUCGUGGUCGGCCUGAUGCUCGGCUUCCUCCUCGCCUCCACUGUCCUCUUCACUCCUCUGGGUGACAUCGACGUGUUCAGGAACUCGGAUGUGGUUUUCUGGGUGACAUUCUGCUGCUUCCUGGUCAUCGUUCCACUCUUCUUUGUGCGAUGGCCCAGAGAGGGCAACAUCGUCACCUGUGGCGUCGUCGGAGCGUACGCUGUCAUUCUGGCCGUGAACGCCUACAUGUACACCAGCCUCUCCUACAUCACACUGAACAUCCUCAAACGCCUGCAAAACAACAACUUCAGCGCCAUGUUCACCGACGUGCCGUUCCAAACCAUCGACUACAUCAUGAUCACCGUGUGGGUGGUGCUCGGCGUCAGCGGCGUGGUCCUGCAGCUCUACCGCGAGCGCUCGCGGCCGUUCUUCCCGCCCAGCCCGUACCUCAUGUGGCUGCAGGAGCGGGAGCGCCGCCGGACCAACGUGCUCGACCCGAGCCACCACUUCGCCCCGCUGCCCAACCGCCUGCUGGCCCGAGCGCGGCAGCUCACCAAGCGCAUGGAGCCGGCCGGAGAGCACACGCCUCUACUCCUGUGAACCCUCAGCGCCACGGUCGUCUUCUGGGUGAAGCCAGGUUUCACGUACAAUAACACCCCUGGGAUGUGUUGUUGACCAGCAGAGGCUCAGACCGCCACAUGGACGCCAGUGAGGUGCUGGUAUUGUUCCCCUGUCACUAGUGUGGGGAUUUGACCCCACACCAGCUGACACAGAGAGGGAUCAUAUCACUGACGUUCUUCAGGUCGAUUCUAAUUUUUAAAACGAAGUUUGUGACAAGCCACUGCCAGUUUUAUGAAACACUUCAAAGACAUUUUAUGCCCGAACGAGAAGAAUAUGAAAAGUUGUUUUGUUUAAUAACACAUAUGCCGCUGUGGAUGCUUCGUGUCGUCUGUCGCUUCUAAUCAUUCUACUGUUUGCACUGAGAGUCGAGAGGCAUUGUAUCUCCAGAGAGUCGCAUUAAUACCACCUACGUUGUUUUUUUGUUUUGGACUUGUCAUGUUUGCGUAGUUUGGCUUCAAACUACUUUUCACACUUUGAUAUUAAGAAACACGCCAUGUGAUCUGUCAGCAGGACACGAGGUAAUGUAGGGGACAAGUUAUUAAAUACAGUUUAUAUUUGAUCAUUUACACAAACCACUUUGUCAGAACUGAUGCUCCUCCUGUGUUUGUGAUUGGACUCUUGAGUCCUCUGGUACUCGGCACACGCGAUUGUAAUGUUGAAUUGUACCUUGGUGGUAACAGCACUGACUGACUGUUGAUCUGUGAAUGUGCCGUGACUUCUCUCAGGGUUUCACACUCGGCUUUUAGACCACGAUGCACUGAGGGGCGGCCGGAACCUUCGACCCGAUCGAUCAGCACGUUCGGGUCCGUCAGUAUUUUAUUCAGCGACUGAGCUGAGCGGUCUGGUCUCAUGACUUUUUAAAAGAAAACAAACAAACACACAGAAUGUGUUGAACAGUGAGGUCAACUGUAAUUUGUAAUUUAACAUGUUUUGAUAUUUAAUAAAUGCCUACUGGUAUAAACGUG